UUUGGCAACAAAAUAUGGAUUCUUGGCGGACUGCUUAACAAUCACAUUACAUUAUAAAAUUCUCAUAAUACUGAUUGAAUAAACCGUAUUUGCUAAGGAUUGUUGGACAUUUCAAGAAGAUUUUGCUAAUGACAUUAUAAUAAUGGAUAAAAUACCUCGCACCCACGAAGCUAUUGAAGCUCAGAUAAGGGAGAUACAACAGAAAAAAAAUGAAUUGCCAGAAAAUGGUACAGGGAAAGGAGUGUCAUUGGGAGAAACCUAUUACGACAGUGACAUUUAUGAUAAUGCUGGACAUGGUGGAAAGUCAAGAUAUGAUGGUUAUGUGACAUCAAUUGCUGCUAAUGAUGAAGUGGAAGAUGAAGAUGUUGAAAAUGUUCCAGUCACACAGAAAAGACCAGGCUACACAGCACCUGCAUCCCUUCUUAAUGAUAUUGCACAGAGUGACAAAGACUAUGACCCAUUUGCAGAUAAAAGAAGACCUACGAUUGCAGAUAGAGAAGAUGAAUACCGACAAAAGAGGCGCAGGAUGAUAAUAUCUCCUGAAAGGAAUGACCCAUUUGCAGAAGGUGGCAAAACUCCUGAUGUUGGGUCCAGGACAUAUACAGAGAUCAUGAAAGAACAAUAUUUAAGAGCUGAAGAAACUGAGUUAAGAAAAAAAUUAUUAGAGAAAGCUAGAGAGGGAACUCUUAAGCCAGUGGCCCAACCUAAUGGUGAAGCAGCUAAACCUGCUGCAAAAAGGAAGGGUAGAUGGGAUCAGAGUUCUGAAGAUACACCAUCUGUAAAGAAAGCUGUCACAGCAACACCCAGUUCACAAGCUACACCUUCAUGGGAAAAUGAAAGAGGUGCUUGGGAAGAGACACCAGGUGCGAGUGGGCGCGUCAUGAAACUCUUGCUAAAGAUUAAGAACGGCACGCCACCGAUGUGCAAGGCGGCGCUGCGUCAGAUAACGGACAAGGCGCGCGAUUUCGGUGCAGGCCCGCUUUUCAACCAAAUCCUCCCGCUGCUCAUGAGCCCCACUCUGGAGGACCAGGAACGGCAUCUUCUAGUCAAGGUCAUCGACAGAAUUCUCUAUAAGCUGGAUGAUCUUGUACGACCUUAUGUGCAUAAGAUCUUGGUGGUGAUAGAACCUCUUUUGAUUGACGAAGAUUACUACGCGCGUGUGGAAGGUCGUGAAAUUAUAUCCAACCUUGCGAAGGCUGCCGGUCUGGCCACCAUGAUCUCUACAAUGAGACCUGACAUUGACAAUAUUGAUGAAUACGUAAGAAACACUACCGCAAGAGCAUUCGCUGUCGUCGCCUCAGCUUUAGGUAUACCUUCUCUACUGCCAUUCUUGAAGGCUGUAUGCAGAUCUAAGAAGUCAUGGCAGGCACGGCACACCGGUAUAAAGAUUGUGCAGCAGAUUGCUAUUCUUAUGGGCUGUGCUAUUCUACCACAUCUUAAAUCUCUGGUGGAGAUUAUUGAACAUGGACUUGUGGAUGAGCAACAAAAAGUGCGAACAAUCACUGCGUUGGCGAGCGCCGCUUUAGCCGAAGCUGCGACUCCGUACGGUAUCGAGUCAUUCGACUCAGUACUGAAGCCGCUGUGGAAGGGUAUCAGGACGCACAGAGGCAAAGGUCUGGCCGCUUUCCUCAAGGCUAUUGGAUACCUCAUCCCCCUCAUGGACGCAGAAUACGCUAAUUAUUAUACCAGAGAAGUGAUGCUUAUCCUCAUUCGUGAGUUCCAGUCACCUGAUGAAGAAAUGAAAAAGAUUGUCUUGAAGGUAGUAAAACAGUGUUGCGGUACUGACGGCGUGGAGCCUCAGUACAUUAUGGAUGAGAUCUUGCCGCACUUCUUUAAGCACUUCUGGAAUCACCGCAUGGCCCUCGAUAGACGUAACUACCGACAACUGGUCGAUACCACUGUUGAAAUUGCUAAUAAGGUCGGAGCUUCAGAGAUAAUAAACAGAAUUGUGGACGACCUAAAAGACGACAAUGAGCAGUACAGAAAAAUGGUUAUGGAGUCGAUUGAGAAGAUCCUCGCAAACUUGGGUGCAGCUGAUAUCGACUCCAAGUUGGAGGAAGCUCUCAUUGACGGCAUCUUGUACGCAUUCCAGGAACAAACUACUGAGGAUGUGGUGAUGCUGAACGGUUUCGGUACGAUCGUGAAUCAGCUGGGCAAGCGCGUGAAGCCGUACCUGCCGCAGAUCUGCGGCAUCAUCCUGUGGCGCAUGAACAACAAGUCCGCCAAGGUGCGCCAGCAGGCCGCCGACCUCAUCUCGCGCAUCGCUGUCGUCAUGAAGACCUGCCAAGAGGAAAAAUUAAUGGGCCAUCUUGGCGUAGUACUUUAUGAGUAUCUGGGUGAAGAAUAUCCUGAAGUGUUGGGUUCGAUACUGGGCGCGCUGAAGGCCAUCGUCAACGUUAUCGGAAUGACUAAAAUGACACCACCCAUCAAAGACCUCUUGCCAAGACUGACACCCAUAUUGAAAAACAGACAUGAGAAAGUACAAGAGAAUUGUAUCGAUCUAGUUGGUCGCAUCGCGGACCGCGGGCCGGAGUUCGUGUCGGCGCGCGAGUGGAUGAGGAUCUGCUUCGAGCUGCUGGAGCUGCUGAAGGCGCACAAGAAGGCCAUCCGCCGCGCCACCGUCAACACCUUCGGAUACAUCGCCAAGGCCAUCGGCCCCCACGACGUGCUCGCCACGCUGCUAAAUAACUUGAAAGUACAGGAGAGACAGAACAGAGUAUGUACGACGGUGGCGAUCGCCAUAGUGGCGGAGACGUGCUCGCCGUUCACGGUGCUGCCCGCGCUCAUGAACGAGUACCGCGUGCCCGAGCUCAACGUGCAGAACGGAGUGCUCAAGUCGCUCUCCUUCCUCUUCGAGUACAUCGGGGAGAUGGGCAAGGACUACAUCUACGCGGUCUGCCCCUUGCUCGAAGACGCACUUAUGGACAGAGACCUUGUACAUCGGCAAACGGCGUGCGCGGCGAUAAAACACAUGGCGCUUGGCGUGUACGGCUUCGGCUGCGAGGACGCCCUCAUUCACCUGCUGAACCACGUGUGGCCCAACAUCUUCGAGACCUCGCCCCAUCUGGUGCAGGCCUUCAUGGACGCUGUGGAGGGAAUGAGGGUCGCCCUUGGACCUAUCAAGAUAUUGCAGUAUGCACUACAGGGCUUGUUCCACCCCGCGCGGAAGGUGCGCGACGUGUACUGGAAGAUCUACAACACGCUGUACAUCGGCGGACAGGACGGGCUGGUGGCGGGCUACCCGCGCAUCCACAACGACGCGCACAACCACUUCCUCAGAUACGAGCUCGACUACACGCUCUAACUACACCUCCACCUCCACCUCUACCUACAUACACCAUUGCGGGAUUGUUUUCUUUUUGUAUUCACUUACAUUUAGAAUAAUUCAGAAAAAAAUAUAUAAUUAUAAGAGUCGGAA